AGCACAGGCCGCAGUGAUUUGGUAGCCGCUGCAGUAGGAGGAAGGACCGCGGUUCUACCCCUUCUAUCUUUCAGUUUCACCUCGAAAUUACAUCGGUUGUUCCUCCUGGUAGCGAUCAGUAAAUCGAGCGCACAGCAACGGCGUCCUAUGAUAAUUAAGUCGUAGCAUUACCAACGGACAGUGACAUCAAUCGCCAUUUUAAUUGCACGUUUUCCCUGACAGAACCGCUAGCACAACAAUGGCUCUGAAAAGAAUUCACAAGGAGUUGAAUGACUUGGCACGGGACCCACCAGCCCAGUGUUCUGCAGGACCAGUAGGAGAUGACAUGUUUCACUGGCAAGCCACAAUAAUGGGACCUAAUGACAGUCCUUACCAGAGCGGGGUUUUCUUCUUGACCAUACACUUCCCCACAGACUACCCCUUCAAACCGCCAAAGGUUGCAUUUACCACAAGAAUCUACCACCCAAAUAUCAACAGCAACGGCAGCAUUUGUCUUGACAUUCUGCGAUCACAGUGGUCUCCAGCUCUCACCAUCUCCAAAGUCCUCCUGUCCAUCUGCUCUCUGCUGUGCGAUCCAAACCCGGAUGAUCCCUUAGUACCCGAGAUCGCCCGCAUCUACAAGACGGACAGGGAAAAGUACAACAAAAUAGCUCGGGAAUGGACACAAAAGUAUGCAAUGUAGUGUUGGGGUAGAAUUAUGGCCAACCACCUCUACGACAUAAGGUUAGGGGAGCUUCAGACGUAAAGAGAAAACAAACAAAAAACCGUUCAAACAAAUGAAAAGUUUAAAACAAGAUCUUGUUGGUUUCCAUUGGAGUGCUUUCUUUGAGCCACGCCUCCCCUUCACCAGAGUACCUGUAAAAACUCCCUCUGCCCCACCUCUCUCUCUCUCUCUCUCUCUCUCUCUCUCUCUCUCUCUCUCUCUCUCUCUCUCUCUCUCUCUCUCUCCUUUUCCUCUCUCUGUUUGACUCUGUCUCCCCCACCUUCCCCCCCCGCCUCUCAGCUCACCUGCCCCCACCCUCCAGUGUACAUAUUGUCAACUUGCAAUGGUAACACCCACCUCUCCCUCCUCCUUUUUCACCUCCCUCCCUCCCUCUCUCGUGACCUCUGACCCUAUCUCCUGACUUCUGUAUUCCGUUACAUUCUGUGACCAUGCAGGUUGGACUGUCAUGCGCCUCCCCCCCCUUUUACCUACACACGCCUGCAUCCUCACCCACCUUCCCCAGACGUUAAUCACUAAAAGCAUUCCUUUGAGCAUCAGUAAAACUUUGAGGGGACCUUUUUUUUUUUUUUCCUUUUAUUUCCCUAUUUUUUUAAGGGGGGUGGGAGACAAUAAGAUGGAGGGAUUUUUACACUCUGCACCCUUUCUUGUUUUGUUCUUAUAAUUCCCAUCUGUAGAGGUGACAAUUCAAGAAAGUAGUGUUCGCACGUGAGUCGAAGGGCACUCUGUAUUUUAUACAAAAAAAUACGUCAAAUAAAUCAUUGCAGGCUAUGUAAAAUGGAAAAAAACUGCACAUUGCCUAUUUUGGUCUUCUGUUGGAUUCUAUGAAAGGACUUGAAUUUACCCCCAUAUCCUCUUGCUCCUGACCCCCCCCCCCUUUUCCCUACCACCCCACCUUACCCAAGUUGACCCCUUUGUACACACACACACACACACACAGACACACAUGCACGCACAACUGUAACCCCAUGUCACCCCCACCACUACCACCAACUUUUCUUUAUUCACAAUAUGGAGGUUCUGGACCAGGUAUUUAAGCAAUUUAUUUUUCUUAGUUUAACCUGUGUUUUUAUUCCCCCCCCAUAACUCUUUAGGUUGUAUUUUUCUUUUCUUUUUGUUUUCUUUUUUUGUUUUUUGCUAUUGUUAAAUUAGAGGCUAACAUCUUAAAUGGCUAUGGGACUGGCUUGGGCUCUGGGUGCGAGGAGAACCCACUCUUCUUGCACAAAACCUCUGUAUAUUGAAUUACCUGAGAGGCUCGUUGAGCUUUGUGUGUUGAUUAAACUGUGUAAUAAAAA